AUGGCGCUCGUCGGCAAUGUGCUUUCGGCCAACUCACUAGCCACCAUCAUGGCCGGCACUCUGCCUGAAGAUGGUCCGACCCACAUCAACACCCCCUUCGAUGCCAUCGCUCUGGCAAGCCAUGCCUCGAUGCUGGCUGUUGGCUUCCGUCUUGUCGGUCUGGGCGAUGACGACCGUAUCACCGUCGAAACCCCUCCCCGUCUGCCACAAUCGUGGAACGCGAAUGCUCCAAACUACGCCUUCCGCUACGCACACACCCAGUCGUCCAUGGAGUACUUGUUGAAAGUGAACCGCAUGGGCAAAAAGGCCGUCGUUCUGGCCAUGGGCCUGGGCGAUGACAAGACGGCCACGCUGGACGUCAAGGCUGCAGACUACACCUCCGAAGCCUCCACACCCUUCACCCUAGAACAACCACAUGCCAGGAAUCUCUUCAACCUCUUCAUAUCAAACGGCCGUCUCUCCGACUAUGGCUCUCUCAUGCGCAUCAACAUCGUCCAGAAGCUCAUGCCGUCACUGCAAAAGGAAGGCUACCAAGAGUCUGCUGCCCAAUCUGCUCAACAGCCCAUCAGACAAUCAGACCCUCCUCGUCACGACCCUCUUCGUGAUGGCCGCCAACCUCCUGCUCGCCCUGAACCCUUCCGGGACCCUCUUGCCUACCCUCCUCGUCCUUUCCCACAAGGUGAACUUUCUCCCCCAGCCUUCGAAGAUCCAUACGACCUGAACAGACCCCUUCGUCCCAUGGGCGCCACACACCCUGGCUUCGCAAAUAUCGGUGAACGAGACCUAUAUCCGCAAGGUCUGGGUCCAAGAGACCCUUUCGGGAGCUCGAAUCCUGGCUUUGGCGGUGGCGGCGGUAUGCAUCCAACCCUUCCUGAUCUUCACCAUCCCAGUGGCCGCGGCUACGACCCUAGAGCUCCUCCAGGAAGCAGAUACGAUCCAGUCGGUCCCGGUGGUCCUGGCGGUCCUUCGGGCUUUGGUCCACCUAACCCUUUCAACAACUUUGGCAGUGGCGACUUCUUGUGA